AUGGUAAUUUUAUAUCUCCCAUUUCAUUCAAACUUAACUCAUUGUAUAAUGUAAUCCAAUUCUCUCUUUCCCCUUUUCAACCAUAAAUAAUUUUCUGACUUAUCAAUCGUAAAUAAUUCUUUACUCACAUCAUUUUUAUCAUUUUUUGAUCAUGAAGUUGCAAUAUUUGUUUUUGAUUAUACAUACAAUUAUACUUAUAAUCGUUGCAUAUUUAGUAAAUGAUUAUGUUCCGGAUCCGUAUAUGGAUGAAGUAUUUCAUGUUUCACAAGCAAAACAAUAUUGUGAAGGGAAUUAUUAUGAUUGGAAUCCAAAAUUAACAACUCCACCAGGAUUAUAUUUAAUAAGUAAUUUAAUCCUAAGACCAUUAUCAUUAUUGUCUACACGAUAUUUCUGUUCAACAAAUUUUCUUCGAGCCACAAAUGUAUUAUUUGGUAUUGGAUUGUAUCUAAUAUUAUGGAAAUUGACGAUAAAAUUACAUCCAUUUCAAGAUAGAGACUUAUUGUCAUUUAAUACAUUGACAUUAAGUAUAUUUCCUGUUGGGUGGUUUUAUAAUUUUUUAUAUUACACUGAUUCUGGAUCAACUUUUUUUGUGUUAUGGAGUUACUUAUUAUCUAUUGAAGAAAGAUAUUGGAUGAGUGCAUUAGUUGGAGGCAUUAGCGUAUUAUUUAGACAAACAAAUAUUAUUUGGGUUUGUUUUAUUUUAGGUACUUCCAUGUUAGCAUUAUUGUCCUCUAGUAAUAAAAGAUCAAAUGUCCGGGGGAGAAAAAUGACAUAUUACAGAGGAAUUAAUAUUAGACCAAAUAUUGCAAUUCAAGAAAUAAGUGGUUUCUUAACAUUAGUUUCAAAAAAUUUUAUAAAACUAUUGACUAUACUCUGUUCAUAUUUUUUGAUCCUAUUGAGCUUUGUCAUUUUUCUUAAAUGGAAUGGUGGAAUUGUAUUAGGUGACAAAUCGAAUCAUGUAGCAGUUUUACAUAUACCACAAAUCUUUUAUUUCAUUUCAUUCACAACAAUAUUUUCUGUACCAAUUAUAUUAAAAGUUGAGCAUGUUGAAAGAUUAUUCAAUGGCAUAUUGAAUCUAAGAUUAAACAGAAAAAGAUUAUAUUUGUUUAUAAUCGCGAUUAUAAUGAUAUUUGUAAUUAAUAAUUUCACGUACGAACAUCCAUUUUUAUUGAGUGAUAAUCGACAUUACACUUUUUAUAUAUGGAAGGAUAUUUAUCAAAGACAUUAUUUGAUAAAGUAUCUAUUAAUUCCUGCUUAUAUGAUAGGAGGAUGGAUUUUAUUGGAAUCGAUAGCUUUACGACAAUCAUUCCUUUGGGUUUUGAUUUACAUCAUUGCAGUAUGCCUCUCGUUAAUUCCAUCUCCAUUACUUGAAUUUAGAUAUUUUAUAAUACCUUAUUAUAUAUUUAGAUUACAUAUUGGACAACCUGAUGGUUUGAGAUUGUUUAUUGAAUUUUUGAUAUAUGCUGCUGUUAAUGCUCAAACUGAACAUUUAUUUUUGGAAGAACCUUUUGUUUGGUUUAGUGAAAUUCAUAAAUGGCAAAGAUUUAUGUGGUAAUUGUAAUUAGUAAUUGUUUUAGUUUAUAAUAAGAGGAUAAUAAAAGAGAGAGUAAUAUUGCAAUAUCUUUGUAAUAUUUUCAUUAUUAUUAUUGAGUGUAAUAAUCAUUAUACAGUAUUUGUAUAUUUAUUUCAAAAAAAUUGAUGUUAUAUAAACGAAAAUGACACUGCUUUUAUUAGA